GCUCAGGGUUUCUUCUUUCCCAUCGCUCAUAUUAUGAUAGGCAAAUGGGCACCGGAAAAUGAAAGAAGUCGUAUGACCACGUUCGUUUACAUCGGAGUCGGAGUUGGUGGGGUGAUAUCGGGACCCAUUACGGGAUACCUGAGCGGCUCGUCGUGGGGAUGGCCGUCGGUAUUUUACGUUUUCGGCGCUAUGGGGUUACUGUGGUGCCUCGCAUGGAGUUGGGCGGGUUACGACAGCCCAGCAACCCACCCAACGAUUAGUCUUUCGGAAAGGAAGUACAUCGAGGAGUCGUUGGGCCAACACGAAGACAAAGGGUCGAUCCCCACACCGUGGAAAGCGAUUUUCACGUCGAUUCAUUACUGGGCGGUUGUAGUCGCUUUUCUGGGGUCAGCGUACGGUAACAUCUUCAUCACCACCGAGACGUCUCAAUAUUUAGUGAACGUGAUGAAUUUAAGCGUCGAAUGGAAUGGGUUGGUGAACGCGCUACCCUAUAUAGCGGCCAUUGUAACUCUACCUCUUUACGGAUACGCUUCGGAUAAGAUUAUCGAAAGGCAAUGGUUGACGCGCGUAAACGCAAGGCGCUUCUUUCAACUCUACGGCAGCUACGUACAAGCCAUAGUAUUAGCCUGGAUGGCAUUCCUGAACGAAUCGCAGGUUGCCUUAGCCAUAGUCUUGCCCAUAAUAGGAAAUGCAGCGAUCUGUGGCAUUCUAUACGGCAGCGAUGUUAAUCUCAUCGAUUUAUCUCCGAGGUUCGCGGGGGUAACUCACGGAUUUUCCAACACGUUGUCGUCCGCCAUCGCUAUGCUCGCACCCAUCGUAGUGCAAUAUACCGUAACCGACAUGUCUGAUCCAACCCAAUGGAGAAUACCUUUCUUAGUGGCUUCUCUGGGAUAUGCGGUGACGUCAACGUUCUUUGGGUUUUUCGCAUCCGGCGACAGACAAUGGUGGGAUGCCGGGUCCAAAGAUCAAUCGGAAACUACCGACAAGCCUGUGGAGAUUAUAGAUCUUGAGAAUGUGAUAUAAGUUAUUUUAAAUGUUAAAGUUCAAAGUUUUUAUUUGUUGUAAAAU